GGCGCUUCCGCAAAGAUGGCGGCUGUUGCGGCCACAGGCGCUCGGCUGGCGGCCUGGGGCGAAAGACUGCGUCGCGGAGUCGCUGCCGGCCGGCGGGCCUUGCGCCCCGGUCCCGUGGCGGCGGCAGUGGCCGGCGUGGCCCUGGCAGGAGCAGGAGUGGCAUGGUACCACGGCCGAGUGAAUGUCGCGGCGCCCGAGGGCAGCCUCACCGUCUUCGCCCAGAAAAACACUGACUAUGACGAGAUGAUAGGGAAAUUGUCUCUUCGUAAACAGCGCUUCAUGCAGUUUUCUUCACUGGAAUAUGAAGGAGAAUAUUAUAUGACACCACGAGACUUCCUCUUUUCAGUAAUGUUUGAGCAAAUGGAACGUAAAACUUCAGUCAAGAAGCUGACAAAAAAGGAUAUCGAGGAUGUACUGGCAGGAAUCCAAAAAGCUGGUUGUGGAUCAACGUUUUUUAGAGACCUUGGUGAUAAAGGGUUAAUUUCGUAUACUGAGUAUCUUUUCUUGCUUACAAUCCUCACUAAACCCCAUACUGGGUUUCAUGUUGCUUUUAAAAUGCUGGAUGCAGAUGGUGAUGAGAUGGUUGAGAAAAAGGAAUUUUUUAAGCUGCAGAAGAUCAUAAGUAAACAAGAUGACUUGAAGACAACAAUAACUAAUGAAACAGAAUGCCAGGAACCAACAGUGAAAGAACCUGAAAUUAACACAACCCUUCAGAUACGUUUCUUUGGAAAAAGAGGAGAAAGAAAACUUCAUUAUAGAGAAUUUCGAAGAUUUAUGGAAAAUUUACAAGCAGAGGUCCAAGAAAUGGAAUUCCUUCAAUUCUCUAAAGGUUUGAGUUUCAUGAGAAAAGAAGACUUUGCAGAGUGGCUACUUUUUUUCACUAACACUGCAAAUAAAGACAUUUAUUGGAAAAAUGUGAGAGAGAAGUUGUCAGCAGGAGAGAGCAUUAGUUUGGAUGAGUUCAAGUCAUUUUGUCAUUUUACGACCCAUUUGGAAGACUUUGCUAUUGCCAUGCAAAUGUUUAGUUUAGCUCAUCGUCCCGUCAGACUUGCGGAGUUUAAGAGAGCUGUGAAAGUAGCAACAGGACAGGAGCUCUCGAACAACAUUUUGGACACUGUCUUCAAGAUCUUUGAUUUGGAUGGUGAUGAAUGUCUUAGUCAUGAAGAGUUUCUUGGGGUGUUAAAAAACAGGAUGCAUCGAGGCUUAUGGGUACCACAACAACUAAGUGUACAAGAAUACUGGAAAUGUGUGAAAAAGAAAGCAUUAAAGGAGUAAAAGAAGUCUGGAAACAAGCUGGAAAAGGUCUUUUUUAGAAAAAAGAUAACGUAGGAAUUACCUUGCUCCAAAUGUGAGAGAUUUUUUUUAAGUACUAGAUGUUUAUCUUCUUAAGUCUUCAUUGAUUUCCUUUCUAAUAAUAAAGAUGCCUUGUAUUUGC